AUGCUAAUCCAGAACAGGGUCUUCAUCCGCUGUUUCGACGCGCGGUUCGUCUUCGCGUCCGAGUCCCCCUUGUCCUCGGAGAGCGACCCGCCAGACGAGGUUUGCGCUGAACAUGAUGAUGCUGCCGCUGGUGGCGAACAAGUGCACGACGACGCUGCCGCGCGUGGCGCGAACAGUCUGCUCUCGAAGUACAUCCUGUUGCUGACCGCGAUGAUGCUGCCGCUGGAUGCGAACAAGUGCACGUCGACGCUGCCGCGUGUGGUGCGCAUCCUGCUAUCGAGGUAUAUCGCGAUGCCCUUCCUAGUGUACGUGUGUUCGACGGCGUCCAAGACGCUGCCGCUGGUGUGGCUAGUGCUGCUCCUGUUGGACCUCGGCGACUGCUCGAUGGCGGUUUAG